CCCAGGACUUCAGGACCCAGGAGGCCUUGGGCACUGGGGCCCGAAUGGCAUGUAUUGUCCCUUUAAGUGUCACAGGGAAUUUAUCAAAGAUGAAUAAUGACUGCUCCACAUCAGGUAGGACACCCGCAACUCUGUGUGGCCAGAGACAACUUUGAUGACUGCUCCACAGCAGAACUGUAUCACAACAUGAAAGGGAAAGGAAGCUGGCCGGUGCGGACUGUGUGUCCCUUCUGUGGACACAGCAUCCUCACAGUGACCACCCCCUACCCAGGAAUCCUCACCUGGCUGAUGUGUAUAAGCUGCCUCCUGGGGGGGUGCGUCAUGGGCUGCUGCCUCAUCCCCUUCUGCAUAAGGGCGCUGAUGGACGUGAAGCACUCAUGCCCCAUGUGCCACCGUGUGCUCUUCUACCACCGCCGCCUGUGA